CAAGAAAAAGCGCAAGGAGAAGAAAAGGAAGAGGGAAGAGGAUGCGGCAGAGCAGCUUGAUAUUGUUGGAAACUGGUGGGCUGUCAGUAAUUUUGGUGAAAUUACAGGAACGAUAGCUAUAGAAAUGGAUAAAGGAACUUACAUCCAUGCCCUUGACAACGGAUUGUUUACGCUUGGAGCACCACAUAAAGAUGAUGAAGGCCCUAGUCCUCCUGAACAGUUUACAGCAGUAAAGUUGUCUGAUACAAGGAUUGCUCUGAAGUCUGGGUAUGGCAAAUACCUUGGUAUAAAUUCAGAUGGACUUGUUGUUGGACGUUCAGAUGCAAUAGGAUCAAGAGAGCAAUGGGAACCUGUCUUCCAAGAUAAGAAAAUGGCAUUACUAGCAGCAAAUAGCCGUUUUAUUAGAUGUAAUGAAGAGGGAGACAUAGAAGCCAAAAGCAAAACUGCAGGGGAAGAAGAAAUGAUAAAGAUUCGUACCUGUGCUGAAAGGGAAGCUAAGAAGAAAGAUGACGUUCCGCAAGAAGACAAAGGAAAUGUUAAACAGUGUGAAAUCAAUUAUGUAAAGAAAUUCCAAAGUUUUCAAGACAAAAAGCUUAAAAUAAGCAAAGAAGAUACAAAAGCCCUUAGAAAAGCCAGGAAAGAAGGCACUUUUCAUGAAAUGCUGCUUGACAGGAGAGCAAAAGUGAAAGCGGAUAGAUACUGCAAGUGACACCCAGCUUGGUCCAUUUUCUUCUGCAUCUUUGAUGAUAGGGUCAAACUGAAAACAAGAGUAAAAUGUUUUAUAAUUGUUUUU